AUGAAAAAUAAUACUCAAAAGUAAUCUUAUCAUAAUAAAACUGAUAACUCCAAUAAUUGUAAGACUUUUUAUAAUAUUCAACCACUCAAUUAAACUUUGAAUUAAAUUUAAUUCAAGUAUCCUCUAAUUAAAGAAAUCAAUGAAAAUCUAAUAUUCUCAAAUUCAAACUAAGUUUUUGGAAAUCAUACUGAGUAAAUUAUAAGAAAAGGUUUAUUAAAUUUAGAAAACACAUAAGAACAUAAAAAUUAAUAAGCAAAAAAACAAUAUAUAAGAAGAAGAGUUAAUACAUCAUAUAUUGUUUAUCCUAUUGAAAAUAAUCGAAAUCUAUCAUAUUAAAAAUAAAAAGAAAAUAAGAUAGAACCUAAAUUACAAUAUCAUGUUUAAAUACCUGAUACAAUGAAAAUUCCAUACUUAAACAAAAAAAAUGGACUUAUAAAAAGCUAAUUAAAAUAAUUAUAAAAUCGAUAACAAGAAUAAUAAGAUGAUAUUAGAAUUGCAAGUAGAAUCUCUUUUCAUAUAAAACCAAAAUCUAAUAUAAUAAAAAAAUAAAAUCUGAACGUUAAUGAAUAAUUACAAAUAAUAUUAGAUGAACAUUAAUCAUCUGAUUUGUCAUUUAUUAAUGGAUGGGAAUGA